AUGAAUUUGGAAUUACUCGAAUCAUUUGGACAGAACUAUCCUGAGGAAUUUGACGGUACCCUAGACUCAAUAUCGUUGGCAGCAACAUGCGCAUUCAAUAGAAGAGGCACUUUACUAGCUGUGGGCUGUAAUGAUGGCAGAAUAUUUAUAUGGGACUUCUUGACACGAGGUAUAGCUAAAUCAAUAUCAGCUCAUGUCUAUCCUGUUUGCAGUCUUAGCUGGUCGAGGAAUUGUAAAAAGCUCCUUUCAGCGUCAACAGACCACAAUGUAUGUAUAUGGGAUGUUUUGUCUGGAGAAUGUGAACAACGGUACAGGUUCCCAACACCAAUAUUACGGGUACAAUUUGAUCCGAGGAAUGACAAGAGAUUCUUAGUGUGUCCAAUGAGACAUGCAGCACUGCUGGUUGAUACUGAUGGGGAACACAAAAUAUUACCAAUAGAUGAUGAUGGUGACAUAAAUGUAAUAGCGUCUUUUGACAGAAGAGGAGACCACGUGUACACAGGCAAUGCCAAAGGAAAGAUAUUAAUUCUAGAUACUCAGUCUUUAGCUAUAAAGGCUAGUUUUAAGAUUACAGUUGGCACAUCAAGCACCACUAGCAUUAAAAGUAUAGAAUUUGCAAGAAGAGGAGACUGCUUCCUGGUAAACACAUCGGACCGUGUCAUCCGAGUAUACGACACUAACACAGUAUUGAAGUGCGGCGUCAAUGGGGAGCCAGAACCUAUACAAAAACUACAGGAUCUUGUCAAUAAAACAACAUGGAAGAAAUGCUGUUUUUCUGGCGACGGGGAGUACAUCUGCGCCGGAUCAGCUCGGCAACACGCCCUCUACAUUUGGGAGAAAUCCAUCGGUAACCUUGUCAAGAUCCUACACGGGACUAAAGGAGAACUGCUGCUAGACGUCGUUUGGCACCCUAUUAGACCGAUCAUUGCUAGUAUUAGCGCCGGUGUAGUAUCAAUAUGGGCACAGAACCAAGUGGAGAACUGGUCAGCCUUUGCUCCAGACUUCAAGGAACUGGACGAGAAUGUGGAGUAUGAUGAACGGGAGAGCGAGUUCGAUGUAGAAGACGAAGACCGCUCCGUAGACCAGGCUGGAGAGAGCCAUGAUGAUGAGGAAGUUGAGGUGGAUGUAACUACUUGCGAGCCUGUAGCAGCUUUCUGCAGUUCGGACGAAGACGGAGAGGACGAACAAAUGCUGUCCUUCCUACCCAUUGCACCUGAAAUCGAAGACCCAGAGGUAGGUGAAGCGAUAGAAGAUGGAUGGGCAGCCACACAAGAGACGGUAACACCGACAGAAACUCCGGAGAAACUGGAGCCCGCUGCUAAAAGGCCGAAGAGCAAAACAUACGAUAUAUCGCUCAAGAUAGCGCCACCUGAACAACCUUUAUCAUUUGGUGGCAAGAACAAGACAGCGGCAGGAAGUAAAAAAGUUGCGGGUAGACCUCGAAAAUAA